CCGAAAGAGAAGGUCGGAUUCAGAAUAAAGGGCACGUCCCGCAGUGAGGGCUGAGGAAAAGCUGUCCCAGCCAAAGUGGACAGGAGAUGAAAGAAUUUCCAUUUACAUGAGUGGGAUUUCUCGGGGGCGGGAAAAGUGUGUAACGACGGGAGGGGAGUCGGCCCCCGCUCGAGAAAAGCGCCAAGGGGGCGCGGCAGCGGCGGAUCGGCUAACGAGCGCUCGCCCGCUCGCCACAGUACCUCAGUUCCGGAUGGCCGCAAGGAAGGCCUCACACAGCACCAGAAGUGGUGGCGGCGGCGGCGACGACGACAGUAGCAGCAACUUCCACUAGCCAACCCCAGCUCUGCUCCGCCCCGCUCGCCUCCGGCGUGACUGAGUGAGGCGGUCCUCUCGGCCGGCGGGCGCUUGCGCGGUGUUUGCCGGUGCCAACGGAGCGGGCGGAUCCCUACGGGCCCGGUGACGUGUCUGCGCUACAGCCGCCCGGCCCGGCUCGGCUUUGCCGGCCUGGGUUGGGGAAGAAGAAAGAGGCGACGGCGAGGAGGAAAAGAGGUGUAAGCGCCUCUCAAAGACUCCGGCUCCAAGGCCCGGGCAGCAGGAGCAGCCGCAGCCCUUCCGCCACCUCUAGGAAAGUCCCGCCUGGCCUGCACCAUGUUCAAUGUGGAGAGUCUGGAGCGGGCCGAGCUCGGGGAGAGCUUGCUCACCUGGAUCCAGACAUUUAAUGUUGAAGCACCAUGCCAGACUGUAGAAGAUUUAACCAAUGGAGUCGUGAUGGCCCAAGUCCUGCAGAAGAUAGAUCCAACAUACUUUGAUGAAAACUGGUUAAACAGAAUCAAAACUGAAGUAGGAGACAACUGGAGAUUAAAGGUGAGCAAUCUGAAGAAAAUUUUGAAAGGAAUUUUGGAUUAUAAUCAUGAGAUUUUGGGGCAGCAGAUCAAUGAUUUCAUCCUUCCUGAUGUCAACUUGAUUGGGGAGCACUCGGAUGCUGCUGAGCUUGGAAGAAUGCUUCAGCUUAUUUUGGGCUGUGCUGUAAACUGUGAACAAAAACAAGAGUAUAUCCAGACCAUCAUGAUGAUGGAGGAGUCUGUUCAGCAUGUUGUCAUGACAGCCAUUCAGGAGUUGAUGAGUAAAGAAUCUCCAGUCUCUGCUGGAAAUGAUGCUUACGUUGAUCUUGACCGACAGUUGAAGAAAACAACAGAAGAAUUAAAUGAAGCCUUAGCAACCAAAGAAGAAAUUUCUCAGAGGUGCCAUGAACUUGAUAUGCAGGUUGCUGCACUGCAAGAGGAGAAAAGUAGUUUGCUAGCAGAGAACCAGGUCUUAAUGGAACGCUUGAAUCAGUCUGAUUCCAUAGAAGAUCCCAACAGCCCAGCAGGACGUAGACAUCUGCAGCUACAGUCACAAUUAGAACAGCUCCAAGAGGAAACUUUCAGAUUAGAAGCAGCAAAGGAUGACUAUCGUAUUCGUUGUGAAGAGCUAGAAAAGGAAAUUGCAGAAUUGCGGCAACAGAAUGAAGAAUUAACAAAUCUGGCUGAAGAAGCUCAGUCUCUGAAGGAUGAGAUGGAUGUACUAAGGCAUUCCUCUGACAAAGUGGCCAAGUUAGAAAGCCAGGUGGAAUCAUACAAAAAGAAGUUGGAAGAUCUUGGGGAUCUACGACGGCAAGUGAAGCUCUUGGAGGAGAAGAACACAAUGUACAUGCAAAAUACUGUAAGCUUAGAAGAAGAGUUGAGGAAAGCCAAUGCAGCCCGCAGUCAGCUGGAAACAUACAAGAGACAGGUAGUUGAACUCCAGAAUAGAUUGUCUGAAGAAUCCAAGAAAGCAGACAAAUUAGAAUUUGAGUACAAGAUGCUGAAAGAAAAAGUAGACAGUCUGCAAAAAGAAAAAGAUAGGUUAAGGACGGAGAGAGAUUCCCUAAAAGAAACCAUUGAAGAGAUUCGGUGUGUACAAGCGCAAGAAGGGCAGCUUACUACUUCAGGAUUGUUGCCACUGGGAGGUCAGGAAUCAUCUGACAGUUUAGCAGCAGAAAUUAUUACCCCUGAAAUCAAGGAAAAACUCAUUCGCCUUCAACAUGAAAACAAGAUGCUAAAGCUUAACCAAGAAGGAUCUGAUAAUGAAAAGAUUGCCUUGUUGCAGAGCCUCUUGGAUGAUGCCAAUCUCCGAAAGAAUGAAUUGGAGACUGAGAACAGACUUGUAAAUCAGAGACUGCUUGAAGUACAGUCUCAAGUUGAAGAAUUGCAGAAAUCCUUACAGGAGCAAGGUUCAAAAGCCGAAGAUUCGGUCAUUCUGAAGAAGAAACUUGAUGAACAUCUUGAAAAGCUGCACGAAGCUAAUAAUGAGCUUCAGAAGAAACGAGCUAUCAUUGAAGAGUUAGAGCCUCGAUAUAACAAUAGUUCACUCAAAAUAGAAGAAUUACAAGAAGCUUUACGUAAAAAAGAAGAAGAUAUGAAGCAAAUGGAGGAGAGAUACAAAAAAUACUUGGAAAAGGCUAAAAGUGUUAUCCGUACUUUAGAUCCCAAACAGAACCAGGGAUCAGCUCCUGAGAUUCAGGCACUGAAGAAUCAACUGCAAGAACGUGAAAGAAUGUUCCAUUCUUUAGAGAAAGAAUAUGAAAAAACGAAGAGUCAAAGAGAAACAGAGGAGAAAUACAUUGUCAGUGCCUGGUACAAUAUGGGGAUGACUCUUCAUAAAAAAGCAGCAGAAGACAGACUUGCUACUACAGGUUCAGGACAGUCCUUCCUGGCUAGACAAAGGCAAGCCACCAGCACAAGAAAAGCCUAUCCAGGCCAUGUCCAGCCAGCUACAGCAAGGUAGAAGCAGGCCUUUCCUUUUGAAUGGAAGCCAUCCUGGGAUCAAGGCCUACUUCUGUUAUAAGUGACAGCAUUUCAGGAAAUUUAGCCAGCAUCAUUUCUGUAACUUUGUCCCUUGCUACUACAAUUAAUGUCUCAUUUCAGGAAGGUUUUUUUAAAAAAAACAAACGGUUUUUCAAUGUUUUUAAUUCACUUCACUCUUAUUUUCUAGAGUCUUCUUCCUUUUGCCUUUUAGUGUGCCAAACUGUUGGAAAACACCUAGUAGAUUGUAUUAAUGAAAUCUCCCUCUCCUCAUGUUUGUAUGGAAUUGUCAUCUCUCACCUGAAACCUGAUUAUUGCUAGGUAACAAACUGAAAAUGUCCUGUUGGCAAAUGAUGUUGCCAUCCUUUCCAGUGCUACAGUUGUAUAAAGGGAAUUACUUACAUUUUCUUUCUCACUCCAGUCUGAAUUGUUUAAAUUAUGUGAUGGAAUUUGCAACAGUGUUGCAUAGAAUUAUUAUGAAAUGUAUUAGCAGCAAACAUCAGAUGCUGGCAGAAGCUGUAACCUGGCUGCAAGUACCUGAUCAAGCAUGUUCAUCAAUUUAUAUUGUGCUUCUGUUACUCCUCUUGCCUUUCAUUUGGACAGGCAAGCUAAUUUUUGUCUGUCCUUUUUCUUUUGACAUCACCAAGGUUAAAUGAUUUUAAGAUCUUGUUCUGUUCUUGGUUUGUGCAAUUAUAGUGGAAUAUGACAACCAUUUAUUGCACUGUCAGUGUUUUAAAGGCUUCCCUGUUACACUAACCAUGUGGAGAACUGGCCAUCCAUGCUUUUCCUUGCCAUGUUAUCACACUUCUCAAACUGUUUGGAAGUCCAGGGAAAUGGGGCCAUGAUAGCAUUCUAUGGCUGGAUCCUACAAACAACUGGUAUUCCAUGUGGUUAAACCAUCAUGGGGAAAAUUUAUUGUGACCUGUGUAGAACAGGGCCCUCCUGGCCCUCCAGAUGUUAUUUGAGUCCACCUCCCGUGAGCUCCAGCCAACGUGGUCAUUGGUCAAGGAUGAUGGUAGCUGUAGUUCAAGAACAUCUGGAGGGCCACAAGGUCCCUAUUCCUGCUGUAGAAAGUGGCCAUGCAUUUCCCCUUUGAGAUAUAUUGGGUUGAUUUUCAUUAGAUGUAUUUGGUGGAUGCUGUCUUCGUAUUGCCAUCCACAACUGAAGUAGAGAUGUGAAGGCCUGGGGAAAAAAGGAAAAAUUGGAGGGUGGUGGGAAUGGUUUUCUCCCUAAUUUUCCCCAUUUUUUUUCCUGGGCCUUCACAUCUCUGCAAUGAAAACUAUUGUUAAUAGGUCAGUAAGAAAGACAAGUUCAUUAGUUGCCUCAGAGAUGGCACGUGCCUUCAGGCUUGGUAAUUCUGACAUGAAAACUCAGUCCUUUUUUGCCAAAUCUUCAUACCUACCUAUAUAGUUAAUGGGUCUUUGUGAUGAAGCAGGGUUCCCUUCAGGUUCUGGUCUUGCCAUGUAUUGAGCUCUAGAUGUUGAGCUGCUUACAACCUUUUCAGAUUAACAUUUGAGAUGUUGGGGAUUACUCAAGAGGAGUAUUUCCAUAUAGAUUUGCCAUUAGAGUAGGUUAGAGGUGGUGCUGAAAUAUCUUAAAGAUAUUUUUCAUGUGCCAACUUUCAACAGAGAGCACCUUUUGCUGUAUAUCCUUCCAAAUGUAGCUCAUGAUGACUUUUUUUUUUUGAGAGGAAGAGUCAGAGAUGGCUUUCAUUUGGAAGUGUGCUUAGGUUUUAUUGUCAUAUUGCAGUAUAAAAUGUUUCUUUUCACUCUCAUUUUGUGUAAGAAUGCAUAGUACAUCUUAAUUAAAAUGUUAUCUUUAUUCAGCACCACCCUAGCACAUAAAAGCAGCUCUUAAAGUUCAGUGAUGUGUAGAAUAAUGCUUAAAAUGAAAUGUGGUGGUGGACCUCUGUAUAGUAUGGUUUCAGUGUUAGAUGAAACAAGUCAGGUAUUCCCCCAGUAGGCAUAAAAAUAAAAAUUCCUCUUAAAGAUCAUUCACUUGGAAACUGGCUUUUUUUUUUUUUUUGCAGUAGUAAAUUUGAAGCAGGAGACAGAAGAUUGGAGGUGUUUGUGUGUAGUUUUCAUUUGCACUACAAGCAAAGUUAUGAGAUUGGCAUCCUGGUUUUUUGCUGAUUUGAUUGGUUAAGUAGUAUACUGCAUGUAAAGGAGCAGCGAUUCGUCUUGAAUCAACCAGUUUUAGAGUACACUUACUAUCCCAGGACUUGGAUCCAGUCAGGUAACUUAUCUAGCAUUCUUAAUUUUACCAGGUGGAUGCUUCAGUAUGCAAAAGUUUCUUAUUCUGCCAGUGAUGGCAGGAGAGGCUUUUCUUUUCUUUUCUGUGGACUGGUGUGCAUCUGAACUAUUCCCAUUAUUUAGUUCUGUGCCUGAAAGAAACUUUCACUUUAUGAAUGGAUCCAACUAAUUUUAUUUUUCAUUUUUUGAUUUCUUUUCUGGCUUUGCUUUCUCUGCUAUUUGAGUGAUUGGGAUUUUAUCUGUCUUCACUAGCAUCUUUUGUUUCUCACCUAGCGAAUGUGAAAGCAGCUUCUUUCUCCACUUAGGUUGGCUUAUUUCUUGUUUGUUUUUGAAGUGGUAGGCUGGUUUAUUAUCCAUAUUUUGAAAUAUCAAGUUGCCUUAAUUAAAAACUGCCAAAAAAAAUACUUUGAUGCCUUGAGAACUGAACAUGCAUUCUUGUAGGUCAUUAAAAAAACAAGGAAAGCAACCAGCAAGGAAGAGAUACCAAGAAAGUCAGUUGCCCUUAAUUCCUACUGAAAUAAAUGGGACAGUGGAGAUUAAAUCAGGUGCCUUUAAUUUCCAGCGAACUUAAGUGCAGUUGGUUUUUUCUGUACCAGGGUCAUUGUGUCUUGCUGCUAUAAACAGGUUUUGAGGCAAAGACAGAGAGAAAAACUUUCUAAAAGAUUUGUCUUGAGUGGAAUAGAAACGAUCCAUAAGCACUUCAAGCAAGUUCCCUCUUUUUUAUAUAAACAGUUUCACAGAAUUCGCCUCUGUUAGAGCAACAGUAACAUUGGCUUUCACUUUCUCAUUCCAGAGGUGUUUGUUCUUACUGUGGAUAAAAUGGGCUAGGCAAAUAGAGUGAGAUUUUAUUAUAAGAAUAGAGAAGUUCCUGUUUUCCUAACUGAGCAUUUAGUAACGUGCUCUGAGCAUUACUAGGUUUGUCUAAAUGUAUACCUUCAAUUAGGUUGAAUUCAGGCAGUGACAGUUACCUGUCUUCAUUGGUUUGUUGUAGGCUAGAGGAGGAUGGGGAUUGUUGUGAAGACAAGUUGGCUCAACUGUACUGCUGAAAAAAACCCACCCUUCAGUUUUGUAUGUUCGUAGCUUUUGACUGUCCAAAAGCCUAGUAUAAUUUUAACUUUAAAAUUAAGCAAAAACUUUUUUGUAUUCAAAAAAUUUCCUUUUCAUGCUAAUUAGAGCAUUGGUAGAUUUUAUCUGUCUUGUAUUCUUUCUAUUGAAUUAGGUUUUUAAUCAAUGAGAGAUUUGAAAGACAGUUGCAAUUGAAUAUUGGAAACUGAAGGGAAUCUCUGAAAUGUGUGUCAGUUCAAAAGCAUCAAAUUAUUUUUAUGACUUGCAAACAGACCAAAUAUAUUAUAUUUCUGAUUGUGUUGUCUAAUAAGUCUUAAUAGGGAAGUUGUAAUUGGGUAGAGAAAAAUCCAGCACAUAAGGUGACAUCUAACAAAGUUCUUUGUGUGUGUUGCUGAAAGCACACACGGGAUGAGGGAGAACAUGUGCUGUAUCUCUACCUGUCAAAGAGCAUAGACAGACAGGUAAAUGUGGGAUUUAUCCCCUGUACACACUUUUUUACAGAAAUGCUAGGAGGCAUUAUUCCUUAACUAGAAUGUUCCAUUUCAGAUCAAUUUUACAUAGUAUGCAUUUCAGCCAGCCUUUAUCCUUCAAUGAGCUUCGUGCCACAGGCUACUGACGUAACAACCCAGCUCACUUACACAAACAGAUCAUGUCUGAAGAUGCGUUUGUGGCCUGAAUGCAAACUAGAAAUAUCCUGCCAUACUGGUUCUGUAUAGGAUCCUGGAAGUCUGGUUGGAGCAUCAUUCAGGCUGAUCCAUGUUAUCAAAAACACAUCAAAUGAAGUGAAUACUCAUCCAUGAUAGCUUAUGCCACAAAAUACCUGUUCGUAUCUAAGUUUCUACAAUACACUUUGUUGUGUUUACUGUCAGCAGACUAAUAUGGUCACUCCUCUCAAAAUACCAUGUCAGUUUAAGCCGGACCUUUAUAGAAUCUUGGGCAGAUCCCCAGCCAGAGUUCGGCCACUUGCAGCUAGAAAGAAGUCAACAUCAAUGAGAGAGAGACAUUACAUAUGAGAGAGGCCUUGAAAUUUCUGCACUGGAAGCAAUUCUGACUUUUUAAGAUGUACCAAAUUUCUUGCAAUUUUUACAUGUUCUCAGCCAGGCUUUGAAAAAGCCACUUGCCUGAUAGCCUGCUGCAAGGAUCACCUCCAGGCAACCAGACAAGGAAAUGGGAAGAUCAUUGGCUCAUUUUUUUCAUGCUGUCACUGUGCUACAUAACAGGUGUGCACUGGUGGCCCGCUAGUAAAACAUUUUGUGGGUUAAUGACUUCUGUGGGCUUAUUAGCAAAGGAGCCCUCAACUCUUGGUACCUUAGCUUACCUCUGAAUACUGCUUACCAUGAAAACCCUAUUCAUAGGGUCGCCAUAAGUCGGGAUCGACUUGAAGGCCAUUUCCAUUUUCUUUGUCACAGCAAGGUGGCAACAUGUGACUCCAUAAACUCUAUGUGUUUGCUAAACUUCUUGAAGCAUUUCUAAACAGGGUAGUAGUUUUUAUGUGUCUUUUUUGUUUUAUACAUUUCAACAGCAAUUAAAUAUUUGCUGCUUCUAAACUUUGAUUUUGAUAUGCUUGCCUGACCUGCUGCACUGUUUGGCAAAACAAGGGCUCUUUUGACCAUGCCUUCUUUUUUCUUUUUUUGUUCAGCCAACAUAAUCAAAACCUAUCAUUUUAAUUUGUCGUUUUAAUAUUCCUUGGCACCUGUUUUUCCAAAGUGAAAACUUGCUUGCAAGGAAGCUUAUCUCUAUGUGCAAUCCUACUAUUUGCCACUUUCCCAUCCAACACAAUAAUGCCCUUAGUCCUUCUCAGCCAUCAAGACAGUGAAACCUGAUAUUCACAAAUUCUAGAAAAAGGUGUUGGGCAGAUUGUCAAGUUCCUGUAGCACUUCCAUUGCUGCUGCUACAUACAUUCUUCCAGUUUAACAGUAUUAACAUGCAAGUCUCUUGCAACAUUUUCUAUUUACUAAGCUAACAAGUUCACAUUAAAUCUUAAAUGUAUUUUAUAAAUGCACCUUUGUUUACUGCUAUGAUUUUAAAAAUGCACUAAAGGAGCCAUGUUGUUCAAUACUAUAUAUACACACCUUUUUUUCAUCCCAGCAAAGUCAAGACAGACUUUUUCUUGGAGAAAGCAUAUAGGAAGUGGUGCCUCACCUCUUCUAAGUUUUUUAUUUGAAACUCCAAGCCUUGACACACACUAUAUGCAAUAUUUUAUUUAUUGAUGUUGCAUACUGUCGUAAUGUGUAUAAAUCUUUUUGCUUUUUCACAUCUCCUUUUACAUUUGCUUUUAAAAGCCUCUCUUCCCAUCUACGUAUCCAUGUACAAACAGCUCCAGAAAGGAAGAUAAAUGGAGAUCGCUAAUAUAAAAGAAGCAUACUUUUCCUGGAUUUCAGUGUUAUAUGUGACCUUUCUGAAUUACUAUUUGGGAUGUCUGUAUUUAUCUUAAGUUAUCUCUUUGUCAUCCCUGUCUGUACUUCCUUUCAGAUUGCACUAAUGUCUUUCUUUACAUUAUGAAUUAUUGCUGUUAUUCAUGCAAUACAUGUACAAUAUGUUGACAGUAUAACUCAGAAUGCUUUGUGCUGCCUUUAAACAAUUUUUAAAGCUGCUUUUUUAAAAAAAGAAAAAAGGUUACACUUAAGCAUAUGCUUGUGCUGCUGUAGAUUGUUUUGUAUUGAGGCAGAUGUAGGAAAUGUGGCAGUAUGAUAGAAUACCUGAGGAAAUAUUGUUUUGUGAUUGUGUUGGUAUAUUUACUGUUAUGUUUACCAUCCCAUGGAUUGGAGAAGGAUCCUUUCAAACUUCUGGUCAGCAACUAGUUUUAAGGGAGGGCUGCUUUGAGGAUGGAAUGUAAAGUGGUAGGCCAGACCUCACCCUCAAAUUUUUCCAAAAUGCCAGCAAGUUCCAUUGCCAGGGCCACCAUAUCUGCCACACACCUCUUGGUUGACAACUGGGGUUUAUCUUGGGACUGCGCAGUCUUUCCCAACCAGUGUGCCUCCAGAUGUUGUUGGACCACAACUCCCAUCAGCCUCAGCCUGCAUUGCCAAUGGUCAGGAAAGAUGGGAAUUGUGGUCCAACAACAUCUGGAGGCACACUGGUUGGGAAAGGCUGGCUCAGAGGGACAGGAUUUUGCCUCAAGGCCUCCAGUUGCUGGUCUGUACUUUUAAGCUGUAGGAAUGACUACAUGGUUAAGUGAAGAAAAAGAAGUACUAAGCACGGUAUGGUUUUAAGAGCAGACUUUUUCCAGCAAAGCCUUACACCUUUAGACCUGGUGCAAUUUAGCCUGUGCCUGUGCAAACAGAGGGGAAAGCUGUCUGUUCUGCAGGAUCAAGGCCUGUGUCUCCGUUGUAACCCUGCAGAGAGAUUAAACUGAGGUUGAGUGGUUUGGCCAAGGCUUAAAUGGACAUUGCCUCUUGCUGGGCACCAGCAGCCUUUAAGCAUAAUCUCUUCUAGAAUAAGUUGGUUGUGCACUGAAUUUAAUGAUCCAGUGACAGUCUAGGUGUAAAGAAAUGAAUUGAUCCUUGACCAGUUCUAAGGUAACAUCAAGCAGUUCAGUGGAAAUGUGUAGUUCUCCCUAGCUUUCUCCCAGAUAGGACUGGUGGCAAAAAUUCUCAUUUGCAUCCACCCCAUCGGUAACUCAGCUAAGGAGAGGAAAGGAGAGCAAGGUCAAGAUUGGAUUUUUGUUCUCCUGCAAGCUUAGGCCAAGAGUCAAGGAUGAUGAGACCUGCAUGUCUUUCACUGUUGCCCACUUGCAUGUGGGGAUACCUCUUUUGACGUCAAGACUUUUCUUCUAGGGAGGAGCCACUAGUGAAACAGCUGGGUUCUUGUUGGCUUAGUUACUUGGAUUGUAUGAGGCAGAUCUGUAUUGUAGGACCUAGUAGUAAUUUGGCAUUCAACGUUUGAACGUAGGACUUGCUACAUGCUUUUAUAGACAGUGCCUGUGUAAGUAUCUAACUCACACAAUGUGAGGGCGUAUUCUGCCGCCUUCAUUGCUCCAAUACUUCCAUUCAUGAGAUACCAGUAUCCCCUCCUACCUUUGCCUCUCCUGCAUAAUUUCUGUGUUGUUUGCAAGGAAUUGACUGGUGUGGCUGCUCUGGAGGUUUUAGUUUGUGCUGCUGUUAACAUACAUGUCCAGAGGUCAGGGGCUUUUUGUAUCUGCCUCAGGCUUUUUCGCCUACUAAAAACAUUUUAGACCACUAGAUGGAGUAGAGGAAUGCGAGAUUAUAACCUCCAGUAAGCAUUGUUGGCUGUCUAUUUGAAACUGUUUGCAUUUUUUUUAGCAUUGCCCCCAUGGAGCAAGAGCAACUUCCUGAAAUCCUAGCAUGUUAUCAACAUAUUGGUUACUGUGUGUUAUGUAAUUUUUUGGUUGUGCCCCCCCAUUUUUUCAAUAGCAACUUGUUUGACAGUCCUAAACUAGGUGUUGAUUGGUUAUCAAAAUUACUGUUUGUGAAAUUGCCAGUGAUAGUUUUUUCUGUUACGAGAAUAAACUGCAAUCACCAAAUAUUGAUUCUCUCCCCUACCUAUGAACUGUACCCUUUAUCUACCAUAUCGUCAUGGUAGUGAUUUUAAUAUGAAUGUGUAUAUAGCCAAGUAAUAUGGUCAUAAGUUCAAAGUAUCCUGGGUUUUUUUCCUCAGUUCAAAAACAAUGCUUCCAAGGCUACAAAACCAGUGUACAGUUGUUAAACAAGUUGUAAAUAAAGGCUUAUAUAAAA